AUGAAGGUGUUUCUUCUCCUCUCCAUCGUCGCCCUCGCUUCUUCCCGCUACGGUCAGUUCGCUCGUUCAUCUCAAGUCUUUAAGUGAAUCCAUUACAGUCGUGAAGAGAAAUGCUUACGGAGACGAGCAAGUGACCCCGGCCCCAGCUCCUGCUGUUGCCUCUGCCCCAGAACCGACUGUGGCGCCUGUCGAGGAGGCCCCAGUUGCGGUACCUGCUCCACAACCGGCCGCUGUUCCGAACUGCGGAUCCGCUGCUCCCGCACCGGCUGCUCCAGCUGCCCCAGCUGCCCCAGCCCAGGACUCUGGAUACAGAAGCAAAAGAAAUGCUUACGGAGACGAGCAAGUGACUCCGGCCCCGGCUCCUGCUGUCGCCGCUGCCCCAGAAACCACUGUGGCGCCAGUCGAGGAAGCCCCAGUUGCGGUACCAGCUCCACAACCGGCCGCUGUUCCAGACUGCGGAUCCGCUGCUCCCGCACCGGCUGCUCCAGCUGCCCCAGCUGCCCCAGCCCAGGACUCUGGAUACAGAAGCAAAAGAAACGCUUACGGAGACGAGCAAGUGACCCCGGCCCCGGCUCCUGCUGUCGCCGCUGCCCCAGAAACCACUGUGGCGCCAGUCGAGGAAGCCCCAGUUGCGGUACCAGCUCCACAACCGGCCGCUGUUCCAGACUGCGGAUCCGCUGCUCCCGCACCAGCUGCUCCAGCUGCCCCAGCCCAGGACUCUGGAUACAGAAGCAAAAGAAACGCUUACGGAGACGAGCAAGUGACCCCGGCCCCGGCUCCUGCUGUCGCCGCUGCUCCAGAAACCACUGUGGCGCCAGUCGAGGAAGCCCCAGUUGCGGUACCUGCUCCACAACCGGCCGCUGUUCCAGACUGCGGAUCCGCUGCUCCCGCACCGGCUGCUCCAGCUGCCCCAGCCCAGGACUCUGGAUACAGAAGCAAAAGAAACGCCUACGGAGACGAGCAAGUGACCCCGGCCCCGGCUCCUGCUGUCGCCGCUGCCCCAGAACCCACUGUGGCGCCAGUCGAGGAAGCCCCAGUUGCGGUACCUGCUCCACAACCGGCCGCUGUUCCGGACUGCGGAUCCGCUGCUCCCGCACCGGCUGCUCCAGCUGCCCCAGCACAGUCUUCCGGAUACAGAAGCAAAAGAAACGCUUACGGAGACGAGCAAGUGACCCCGGCCCCGGCUCCUGCUGUCGCCGCUGCCCCAGAAACCACUGUGGCGCCGGUCGAGGAAGCCCCAGUUGCGGUACCUGCUCCACAACCGGCCGCUGUCCCAGAUUGCGGAUCCGCUGCUCCCGCACCGGCUGCUCCAGCUGCCCCAGCCCAGGACUCUGGAUACAGAUCUUAA